GAGAGGUUUACUGAGCCGAGGAUUGUCUGGGCUCAGCAUCCCGCGGCCCCGGUCCCGAGUUGACCUCAAGCCUUGCGCCCCGUCCUCACGCCCUGUGGGUCGUGGGGCCCCGAGCGGCCAGCCGUCCUCCGGAACAAGCAUCCUGGAGAGGAAGACGCUUGUUACGCAUCUUAAAGUCAAGGCCUGCAGCAAAAGGUUCAGCUUCCUAAGGAGCUCGUAAAGAAGAAACUCGAAAUUACCCAUAGCUGUACCGUACCAUCCAGAGAUAAUUGCUGUUGAUAUUUUGAAACCCCAAGAGGACUGAUCGGUUCUUGAUUCUAAAACUAUGGCGCACGGUUUGGUGACGUUCUCAGAUGUAGCCAUCGACUUCUCUCAGGAGGAGUGGGCAUGUCUGGACUCCACGCAGAGGGAUCUGUACUGGGAUGUGAUGUUGGAGAACUACAGUAACCUGGUCUCCCUGGAUUUAGAGUCACCAUAUGGGACCAAGAGUUUACCUACAGAAAAGGGCAUUUAUGAAAUAAAUUUAUCCAAAUGGAACUCAAAUGGAAAAAGUAAAUCCCUUGGCCUUGACUGGAUGUGUGAAGGUGAGUUUGAAGGACCACGGGGCCCUCAAGAUGGCUGUUUCAAUCAAAUGAUAAUCAACUGUGAGAAAACGCCCACUUGUAGAGAAAAUACCUCUGUUAGACCACAUCAAAGACUUCAUACUAGGGAGAAUUCCUAUGAAUGUAAGGAAUGUGGGAAGGCCUUUAGUCGUGGCUACCAGCUCACUCAGCAUCAGAAAAUUCACACGGGUGAGAAACCCUACGAAUGUAAGGAAUGUAAAAAGGCCUUUCGUUGGGGUAAUCAACUCACUCAGCAUCAGAAAAUCCACACUGGUGAGAAACCCUAUGAAUGUAAGGAUUGUGGGAAGGCCUUUAGAUGGGGUUCAAGCCUCGUCAUUCAUAAGAGAAUCCAUACGGGUGAGAAACCCUAUGAAUGUAAGGACUGCGGGAAAGCCUUUAGACGUGGUGACGAGCUCACUCAGCAUCAGAGAUUUCACACUGGGGAGAAAGACUAUGAAUGUAAAGACUGUGGCAAGACCUUUAGCCGUGUGUAUAAACUCAUUCAGCACAAGAGAAUCCAUAGUGGCGAGAAACCCUAUGAAUGUAAGGACUGUGGGAAGGCCUUUAUCUGUGGCUCGAGCCUCGUUCAGCAUAAGAGAAUUCAUACUGGCGAGAAGCCCUAUGAAUGCCAGGAAUGUGGGAAGGCCUUUACUCGAGUCAAUUAUCUCACUCAGCAUCAGAAAAUCCACACUGGUGAGAAACCCCACGAAUGUAAGGAGUGUGGGAAGGCCUUUCGCUGGGGUUCGAGCCUUGUUAAACAUGAGAGAAUUCAUACUGGUGAGAAGCCAUAUAAGUGCACAGAAUGUGGGAAGGCCUUUAAUUGUGGCUACCACCUCACCCAGCAUGAGAGAAUCCACACUGGUGAAACGCCUUACAAGUGUAAGGAGUGUGGGAAGGCCUUCAUCUAUGGGUCAAGCCUCGUUAAACAUGAGAGGAUUCAUACAGGGGAGAAACCCUAUGAAUGUAAAGAGUGUGGGAAGGCCUUUAGUCAUGGCCAUCAACUUACACAGCAUCAGAAAAUUCACACUGGUGAGAAAUCCUUUGAGUGUAAGGAAUGUGGGAAGGCGUGUAACCACGUGAACCAUCAGAGAGUUCACACUGCUGAAAAACCUAUUGAACAAGAAGAAGGUGCAGAAGCUUCUAUACAACAUUCAUUCCUUCCACAGCACAAGGAAAAUCCAUGAUACAGUUUAACAUAUGAAAGCCUUCACUGGUCACUCUCCUGCUUAUAAGCAUCUCAGAAUAGUCAUGCUCCAGACAAAUUUGGAGAAUGGAGAGAUCACUUUUUCUUAGUGAUCACAACACACUCAGUGUAGACUUGUUUUUUCGUUUUGCCGCAUCGGUUUAAUGAGUGGAUAGAAGCCUCCUGCUACCAUUCGAGCUCUGCCUCACUUCACAUUUGUCCUAGGGAAUAACUGCUGAUGUAACAUAUGUGGGAAAGCCUCUCGCCAUGGUACACACCCUCCCUGUUACCAUCACCAUCCCACCUCUUUACUGCUGUGACACACUGGGAAAAUGACCUGUUACCCCUGUGUGUUGUGUGUGAAAUGGGGAUAAUCACAUGUACCUAAUACUGCUGUUGUGGUGACUGAGUUUGGUACAUGUAAACUCUCUGGAGGUGUAUCUGGAACAUUGUGUAAGCUCAAUAAAUAUUAGCUGUUGUUCUUACCAUCA